AUGGAGCGCGGCGUAGUUGAAAUCACGCUUCCUUCGUUGAAGAUUGGUGACCGCUACGGUGAACAAUACAUCCAGAAUAAUCAAGAGAAAUUAAACGUGGAUUUUUGUAAUAUUUUGUGUGGUAAUCCAGGGGUGCUUUCCUACGCAGAGCAGUACAACAUUGUCGAAAAUCUGUGUUUUCUUCAUCAAGAUGCCACACUACGUCAUAAACAAGAAAACCUCGUUGAGAAAUACCUUUGUGAUCAAGUAUUUGAACUGGACCAGUUAACUGAAGUUGAAUUCCUGUCACAUCUCUGUGCAUUUUGGUUCAAUUUUAAAAAUAAAGUUAGUUUGAUUAACAACAUCUAUCUACCGCUGAAAACCGCAACGACGAAAGAUCAACGCAUAAGGUAUGACUUCAAUCAAAUGGCGUUCAAAAGCUUCAACAUUUACGUACUUCAAGAUAUACGUUUACAUUCAAAACUAUCAUAUAUUUUUGAAAUGAUUGAUCAACACCGAAAUGAAACACAAAUUGAUGUUCAACUGCUGGAAGAUAUAGUCGCCAUGUUGACUACUAUGGGUCUCUACGAGUCUUAUUUUGAGGUUAAAUAUUUUGUAUGCUUGCAUAACUACUAUCGUCAGGAGCGUGAUAUUCUCUUAAAUGGUCCAAUUAUGGAUUAUUUUAUGAAACUACAAGAAAGAUUAACGCAGGAGAAUAAUAUGGUUGAAAAUAUUUUCAAAAAUCAAUCUGGAGAUAAAGUAUUAGCCGCCAUGAAGGUGAUUUUUGUUGAUGAAGUUCUACCAGUGUUGAUCAAACAACUAGCUGAUUGGGAUAUUUUUAAUGCCGGUACAAUUGAGGACAUUGCAGUCGUUUAUGAACAGUUAAAAUAUCAUCCCAAAGCGAAUGAAGAUCUGUGUAAAGUAUUCUCAAAGUUUAUAGUCACCAAAGGAAGGAAUAUUCUUUUCGACGCAAAGAAUGAAAAUAACAUGAUUGCAACCCUCCUUACAUUUAAAGAACGUGUUGAUGGGAUAGUGGAGACUUCCCUGGCACAUUCCUACAUGUACGUGGAUGCUGUAAGAAUUGCAUUUAAAAAGUUCAUUAAUCAACGAAAAUAUAAACCUGCGCAAUUAUUGGCAAAGUUUAUCGAUGGAAAAAUGCGAGAUAAAUUAAUCCCUGAACAUUUGUUUGGACGAAUUAUUGUUUUAUUUAGAUAUAUUCAAGCGAAAGAUAUUUUUGAAGCGUACUACAAGAGAUAUCUAGCUAAGAGGUUAUUACUGGGUAAGUCAUCAUCGCAAGAUGCGGAAAAAACUAUGAUUAGCAAAUUGAAAUUCGAGUGUGGUGAUGGAUUUACCCUAAAAUUGGAAGGUAUGUUCAGGGAUAUUGAUUUGAGUGAUGGAUUGAUACAAGCCUUCAAGCAACGCGGUUGUAGAUCAAACGAUACUAUUGAUUUUUCUGCUCAGAUACUAACGUGUAGUUUUUGGCCGACUUUUAGUAAGUUUCAAAUGUCGCUUCCCGAGUCUAUGCAGUACUAUCACAAUAUUUAUCAGGAGUUUUACAAGGGUAGAUAUUCAGGCAGAUCGCUGGAGUGGACGGGAAGUUUGGAUACGUGUCUUCUUAAAGCUAAUUUUAUUGCGGGCGCAAAAUUACUGCAAGUUUCCCUAUUUCAAGCUGGAGUUUUACUUUUGUUUAAUGACUCACCGUAUAUUGGAUAUAAUGAUAUUGCAGAUUCUUUAAAUAUGGAAAAUUUUGAAUUGCGUCGUACUUUAUCUUCUUUGGUGACUGGUAGAGUUAAAAUUUUGAAGCUUUUGAGGGCUUCGAUUCCUGGUGAGGAAACGGAUGAUAAUAUACAAGAGACUGAAGGUACAUCGCAGACUGGCUCCGUUGAAGUUUUAUGCGACUUUAAAGAUGAUGAUAUUUUUGAAAUCAAUGAUGAGCUUCAGCAUAAACAGUUUCGCAUUAAAUUGAACCAACUGCAGUAUAAAGACACUGAAGAAGAGCAGAAAAUAACGGAAGAUGAAGUUUUUCUUGAUAGAAAUUUACAGAUUGAUGCAGCUGUUGUGAGAUUGAUGAAACAACACAGAGAAUUACAACAUACUGAUUUACUAACGAAAAUGUUUGGUGUGCUUAAGUUUCCAGUGAAGCCUUAUGAUAUUAAGAAAAGGAUUGAGAUUCUUAUUGAAAGAGAUUUUAUAAGAAGAGAUGCUAAUGAUUCUUUUGCAUAUUCGUAUAUUGCUUGA